AUGAAUGAUAUGGCGAACGUGUUGGCAAGAUCUGGGAUGGAAGCAGCGAUGGCGGCUAAUGGUGAUAUAGUCAUUGAGUUGACGAAACGUGGAGGAGGAGGAGGAGGUCUGGGGCUUGGAUGGAUUCUGGGCAUCGCCAUCGGAGGCGGAGUGCUCAUCUUCGUGGCGCUGGGCUUCCUUCUCGCCUGGAAGGUAAAGUCCCGGGGGACGCCGUGCACGACGAGAGUGUACGCCAAUGAUGCAGCAGGGGUUGUCGACACCGAAGGCGCUAUGAGCGGCAGCGUGGGACCGCUCACACCGUCGACAACGGUCCUGUCCAAGAGGUGGCUUCGCUCAGAGUCGACCUUUGGCCGGUUUUCGACAUCCCGCCUGUCCAUACCCAACAUGAUGCAGUGGCAGCCGCCGGUGCUGACCCCCCUCCCCACACACAAGAGCAGCCACACUUACGAGAGCAAUUCGAGGACGUUGGUUGCGGAUGAGAGCAACGGCGUCGGCACCAGCCGCAACGGUAGUCCCAACAAGAAGCGUCGUUCGUGGAAGAGCAGCGUGUUGAGCAGAGACAGCUGGGGACUUAUGAUGUCGGGGGCGCCUACUUUGGCCAACGCCCGGUCUGAUAUCGAGAUGGGCGAUGCCAAGGGCGUGAAGGAGAGCGAUACCGGCACCAUGGCCACGUCUGAAGACCAGCAUCAACCGAGGCAGCCCAAGGAAGUUCACAAGCCCAAUGUUCUCAAGAAGCGGAACAGUAACCCGGCUCUGAUGGCCAGCCAGACGCUACCGACGCUCCCGUCAACCGAAAAGCAAGAACAGCCGAUGGAAGACACACAGAACCGUGGCCGCUCCAGAAUCCCAGGAUAUAUCCGCAAGCAACAGCAACAGCAGGAGAAGCAACGACAGCUUCGCGAACAGCAACGGCUACUACAGGAGCAACAACAGGAGCUCCAGCAGCAGAAGCAAGAGCAGGAACAGGCCGACGAGUACCCCCAGGAUGACCUGGUCCGCGUCCAAGAGGAAUACAAGCAGGAGAUGGAGCGGAGGCGGCGGUGGUACGAGCAGCGUAUCAAGGCGUCUACCACUGAGUCCGAUCUGCGUGACAUCCUCGAGUUGACGGACCAGCGGCUCCGCAAGGGAACCAGCCGGUCCCCGGUCAAGAAGAGCAAGCCGACAACACCCCAGACGUCCCCGGAGAGGGCACCAGCAGAGUCGCCCUCCAAAACCCCUCGCAGCGCCGCGACGUUGGCAUCCUAUAAGACGCUGGGUCGCAUGACUCCCAGCCCCAGCAAGAUGAAUCUGCAAACGCUGCAGCAGCAGGCGAUGGGGACACCUACCAAGACACCCACCAAGACACCCACCAAGACGCCUACCAAGACGCCCACAUCCAACGUUAGCGCCGGAAGUGCAGCCACCAGCCUCAUACCAUCUCAGGAGACCCUGCAUGUGAUGGAGCCGGAGCAGCAGCGCGAGCCUCCGCCUCAGAUGAAUCUGCAGCAAAGCUCGGCGCCUCGCACGAGGAGCAUGUCACUUGAGAGCGACGAGUCGAGCUUUCUCUCCACGCUGUAUAGUGUGAGCGACCGUGACGACGAGGAGACCAUGGCCCGGGUGGAGAACUUCCAGACGCCGCCGAUCACCAUGGCUGACUACGACCCCUUCGUCGAGGCGCGCAACGAGCACCAGACGAACUGGCUGGCCGGAAAGCCGAGCUGGGAGAGGAGGCAGCAGCUCACGGGCCCGCGGCCGCUGAGGAGGACUCAGACGGUGGCAGCACCCAGCUUCGAUACGACGGCGGUGCCCGCCCCGCUGAGGACCAUCUCAGCGAACUCGAGGGUGAAUCGGGCUUCCGAUUGGGUGCCUGGCGAAAAGCCUAACGGCCCGAGGCUGUCGAUGGUGCUCCUCCAGCCGCCGCAGAAGACGGUGUCCGAGGACGUCAAACCCAAGACGAACCACAUGCUCGAUGUCAUGGACAGGAGGACCAGUGUGCCAAUGGCACCCUCGGGAACCAGCGUCACGUCCGAGUCUGCAUACACCGACGUUACUGUCAGCGAUACGUCAGCGGCAUCUGAUGAUACGCUCAAGGCCGAUGAUGACCGAGACGAUGAUGAGACUGGUGGAGUGCACUUGCCCGCUUUCUCGUCUGCGGUCACCCUCGCCACCCCUAUCAAUAACAAGGGCAGGAGGAUGAACGCCGAGGAUGACGACUGCAGCUUUUCAUCGUCUUCACCGCUGGACGAGAACCAAGUCCUCAAUAUCCUUAUGGAUGGCAACUCAUCCAAGCGCCAGCUUCCUAAGCUUCCUUCCGCAAUCCUUCUUAACAACGAUCUGGAGAACCUGGGAUUCGUGCCGAGGCCUAGACGCGCAUCGACAGGGUCAAGAUCGAGUUCCUCCUACGAGCAGCGCAACUCAUUUGACACCCUGGGCGAGGGCAUGCCUCGGGACGACUUCUCCGUCGUCGUCAAGGACGUGGAUGCCCGCCGUGCGACGACAACGGCGCUCAAUCCUAGCCAGGAUAACUCCAUCGGCAACACUAUCGCCGAGCUGCGUCGCAUGAACAGCGUGCUGAGCUCAUACAGUGUGACGUCCAUGACGUCGGCCGUCUUUGGCGAUAGUGGUCAGCUCAAUGAAUCGCCCACCCUGCCCACCCUGCGCGGAGGCGGUUUCUCCCCUGAGCAGGCCAAGAGCUCUAAGAGUGGAACGCGCAACUACCUCAAGAUCACCGGGUCGCAGAAGAAGGCCAAGGCGGGCGCCAUCGUGCCGUCUUCGUCGACCAUGCUCUAUAUCCCGGGAAUGAGGAAAGACAAGGUCGGCAGCAUCCAGCCGCCCAGGCAGCGUCUUCGUAAGCAGCCGCCGCGCGCGACCAUCCCCGUCAUGACCAAUCGCGUCGAUGAGGUCAAUGAGGAGCACACCGACCAUGGCAAGGAGAACGUGAUGCCCGGCCAGUCGAGGGCGGUGCAUUUCGACCUUGGCAGGGCGCCCGGCGUUUUGUCAUCCACAGCGUUGCUGCCUGAGCCGCCGGAGCCGCCCAAAAUGCCUGUCACUGGCCGUGAUAGCAUGGACAGUCUCGGCCUCUAUGACAAGGAUGGUUUCCUUAAGACAUCGCCUGAGAGAGAGGUCACCGCGCGCACUGGCAGGCUCAGGAUGUAA